AUGUUUGUUGCGGCAAUCUUGAGCUUGCUGUUGCUUGAUAUUGGAAACAUUUCUGCAAACCAAUGUUCCCAGAAGAGAUACGACGCAAUCAUAAAAGGAGGUCCAUCAUUGCCUGCGGAUGAAAUAAUAUCAAGACACAAUAUUACGUCUUCGUUUGUCAUGUUCGAGUGUCACAAUCACUGCAAAGACAAACUCAAAUGUGUUGGAUUCAACUACAGAACAACAAAAAAUGUUGAGAAUUGCCAACUGACUAGCGUUAUUAGAAAGAAAGAAGAAAUGAAAACAGGAGAUUGGAUGUUGAUGCAAGAUGAUGAAGCGGCAAAGAGUGAGGUUGAAAAAGAAAAGGCUACCAGGAAAUCAGAUCUCCACUGCGCUGAUUUGUAUGAAAAAGGAAAUACUCAAAGUGGAAUUUAUGAAAUCAAUCCUGAUGGAAAGGGAAGUUUCAAAGUGUUUUGUGAUAUGACAACAUCGGGUGGAGGAUGGAGUGUAUUUCAACGACGUUUUGAUGGAAGUGUUGACUUCAACCGAGGAUUGAAAGAUUACAAACAAGGUUUUGGUAACUUGAGCGGAGAAUAUUGGCUUGGACUUGAUAAAAUACACAGGAUGACAAAUAUUUCACAAAAUGAACUUCGUAUCGACAUGGAAGAUACAUCUGGGAACACCAGAUACGCUCAUUAUGAUUCGUUUAAUGUCAGCAGCGAAAAUGAGAAGUACAAGUUGAAUAUUGAAGGUUAUAAUGGUAAGCAUUUUAUAUUAAACUGA